CCCCCCCCCGAUACGGGGAUGGGAUCCCGCGACCUGCCCCCGUUCCCCCUCCCCGGGGGCCGCUACCAGCGGUAGGUGCCCCCCCCAGCCCGCUAUGGGGCAGGGUGCUGUGGGGCCGGCCGGGAUGCUGGGCUUGGCCGGGGUGCUGGGGCUGGCCGGGGCGCAGCCGGCCGGGUCCCCCCCGCUGCUGCUGGACCCGGGGCCCACGGUCCCACCCGGGGGGGAAGCGCAGAGCCACGGCCGGGACCUGGAUUGCUGGGAAGUGCGGAAACACAACAGCUCCGAGUGGUGCCGCUUCAUCCGGAGCAACCCCGACUGCCGGCUGGACGGCGGCUUCCUCAGCUACCUGGAGGGGGUGUUCUGCACCUUCCCCCCCCGGCUGCUGCCCCUCGCCGUCACCCUCUAUGCUCUGUGGCUCCUGUACCUGUUCGUCAUCCUUGGGGUGACAGCAGAGAAGUUCUUCUGCCCCAACUUGUCGGCCAUCUCCACCAACCUGAGGCUGUCUCACAACGUGGCAGGUGUCACCUUCCUGGCCUUUGGCAAUGGGGCGCCCGAUGUCUUCAGUGCCGUGGUGGCCUUCUCCAACCCACGGACGGCAGGGCUGGCCAUUGGGGCUGUCUUUGGUGCUGGUGUGUUCGUGACCACGGUGGUGGCCGGUGGCAUCGCCCUGGUCAAGCCCUUCACAGCCGCCUCCAGGCCCUUCCUUAGGGAUGUCAUCUUCUACAUGCUGGCCGUCUUCCUCACCUUCCUGGUGCUCUACUUCGGCAGGAUCACACUGGGAGAGGCUCUGGGGUACCUGGGGCUGUACAUCUUCUAUGUGCUCACCGUGGUGCUGUGCACGUGGAUUCACCGGUGGCAGCGGGGCGAUGGGCCGGGCCCCCCCGGAGCCUGGGAGCCAGAGAUGCCGACGGAUGCUGAAGAGCCGGAGUCCUCAGGCACAAACAGUGGGGACUAUGGUGAGGAGUACCGGCCCCUGCUGCCCUCGCAGGAGCCCUCCCUGCGCAUCCUCACCACUGCCCUCAGCCCCCUGGACUGCCGCAAGUGGAGGAGGAAGCCCUGGUACUGGCGGCUCUUUAAGGUCCUCAAGGUGCCAGUGGAGCUGGUCCUGCUGCUCACCGUUCCUGUUGUGGAUCCUGACAAGGAUGACCUGAACUGGAAGAGACCCCUCAACUGCCUGCACAUCGUCACCAGCCCCCUGCUCUGCAUCCUUACCCUCAAGUCGGGCACAUAUGGGCUGUACCAGAUCCAGGGCGUCUUCCCGGUCUGGGGACUGGUCACACUGGUUGGCUCUGUCCUGGCCAUCAUCAUCUUCAUCACCACAAGCAACGAGGAGCCACCCAAGUACCACUGCGUAUUUGCCUUCCUUGGGUUUCUGGCCAGUGCCAUGUGGAUCAACGCCGCGGCCACGGAGCUGGUGAACAUCCUCCGGACCCUGGGCAUCAUCUUCCAGCUGAGCAACACCGUGCUGGGCCUGACACUGCUGGCCUGGGGGAACAGCAUCGGGGACACGUUCUCGGACCUCACCAUGGCACGGCAGGGCUAUCCCCGCAUGGCCUUCUCUGCCUGCUUCGGGGGCAUCAUCUUCAACAUCGUGGUUGGUGUGGGACUGGGGUGCCUGCUGCAGAUGACCAGCAGCCAGAUGGUGGUGAAGCUGGAGCCCGACAGCCUCCUGGUGUGGGUGCUGGCCGGGGCCCUGGGGCUGAGCUUGGUCUUCUCCUUCGUGUGGGUGCCCGCGCAGUGCUUCCAGCUGGGCAAGGCCUAUGGCAUCUGCCUCAUCCUCUACUACCUGGCCUUCCUCUGCGUGGCCCUGCUCACCGAGUUCAGGGUGAUCCGGCUCUCCACAGUGUGAGCAGCCCCACUGCUGGCAGGAGAUGCGCAUCCAGCUCUGCUUCCCGGCCGGAUCACUGGGAAUCCUGUCCCUUCUCUCCAUCCCUGACAGGGGGACAAGGGCACCUCAAUCCCAACUGUGCUGCUGGAGGCAUCACUGCCAGCCCUUGGAAGCUAUUGGAA